AUGAGCAAGACAGACCACGAAACGCUGGCGGAAGCUAUCAUCGCCAGAGGCUGUCCCCAGCUUCAGCGACUACGAGAGCUUCGAGCUACAGGAUGGAAAGAUCCGAAGCUUGACUGCGACUUUGCCGUUCAACGGACCGUGGCCGACAAUGCAGACACAGAACUCAGCUUCUAUUGGUUCAACCGGAUGAAAGCGAUAAUGCAGGAGAUCGACCUCUGGACACAUUGCGUAUCCCUUCGCCCUUUGGACUUCUUAGACCUAGGCUGCUGCCCAGGAGGGUUUAGCUCCUACAUCCUAGCCACGAACCGCAACGCCAGAGGUGUCGGAGUAUCACUACCUGUUGAAGAUGGGGGACACGAAUAUACACUCGAGCAUGCUCACCGACCUCGUUUUGAUAUCUACUUCGCCGACGUUACAUCCUACCAGCUUGGCCCGACCAAUGUUCACCAUCAGCGUCUCUAUUACCUUCCUUCACAAAUCAGCUCCACCCUUUUCGGUCUCGUAAUCCUAGAUGGACACCAGCUACGUACGCAGAUAUCGAAGUAUAAGGUGCCCUGGGAUAUCGAUCGCCUUCUGGUAUCCCAGAUGAUAAUUGCUCUCCAAGUUGUCCGACCCGGGGGAAACGUCGUGAUCAAGUUAACUCAUCCGGAAAGAAUAACCACAGCCAAGAUCCUUUACAUGUUCGACAUUCUUUCGGAAAGACUUUUCACUCACAAGCCACGUACCAUGCACCAGAAUCGGGGGAGCUUUUACGCCAUAGCCAGGGGGGUGGGUAAAGGAGUACGAGCAGCAUGGCAGCCACGGAUGCUACAGGCGCUUCAAGAACUUUGGCUGGAGAUCACCUUUGGGGGAAUUGAAGGGAAGGGGAGAUUCGUCGAGGGCGCCGAUUUCGACUUUGCAAUCACCACGGAAGAUCUCCACCAGAAGUACCUUGACCGCUUGAUAUCGCUCGGGCUAGGUGUCUGGAGUGUACAAGCGCGGUCGCUGGAAUCGUGGUUCAGGAAGAAGCGUAUCCUCUAA